AUGCCUCGAACCAACUUGACAUUGCACUCUAAUUUGAAGGCAUCCGCAACGAAUACUAAGAGAAUCUGGAUACCUCUUCGUCUUGACAACCUUGACUAUCCACAGAAUGCGCUUGAUCGUCAGUCUGUCCUCGAUCUUAUCCGAAGUGUCUACGACCCUUUGCUAAUCGCUUGGCUUGCUGACCCAGGUCAUACCUGGGCAAACCAGUUUUCGAGACGGUCUUCCGGUAACCCGUUCCAAGCACAGAUUCUCGCUAGGAUGGAAGAGCUGCCAUCAAGCGUUCAAUCGAUCGAGUCUGAGACAGUUUUACCGAUUCACCGAUCCCGCCUGGAGGGUACCUUUGCCUGGCGCUGCUGCCCCCCUCCUCCCCCUCCCCCUCCUCCUCCUGCCCCUUCUCCCGCCCCUGCCACUGCUGCCGCUGCCGCUGCCGCUGCGCCUGCUGCUGGGUGGACUGGGGAUGUACUUUAUGCUGCUGUUGCCUUAGGAGUGGUUACUGCUACUGCUAACCUAGAAGUGCUUACAGAUGCGGCAACCCAAGUACUUGGGCCUGCUCCUGCUGCUAAUCCACUUACUCCCCUUGAAAUACUGGCAGAAGUUGCGAGCUCAGCCGAGCCUAGUCCUGUGGUUUCUCCUACUGCUUCCCUGGAUAUACUUGCAGCAGCUGCAGCCGUACGUCCAUAUGCUCCUGUGCCACCUCGUGCUGUUGCCCCCGCCCCGACCGACUCACCUGCUGCUGGGACCAAGCGAGGCAGAGACGAUGAGCCUGAGGAUGAGUCUGAGCUCCCUGCUAAGAAGAAGCAAGCGGUGAGUCCGAAAUAA